CGCUGCGACUCUGUUUGAAAUUUCCACCUCAAAGUACGCGACGUUCGUAGAGAACCAGGCUACAGCACAUUAUGUGGGCCGAGUGAUGCUUAAGAAUGGAAUUGCUCCGGCACCCACGGCGCUCGCUCUCCUGUUUGUGGUCGCUCGAGUAGCUGGCCCUUUGGGCUUGUUCGUGCCUACUUCCCAAGGAAUUCUGGGGACGAGCACCAACGGGCGGCAACAAUGCGCGGGAGCAGCAAUGUGGUUGCGCGGUUUCCACUUCGCAGCUGCAGCGUGGAGCGGUGGGCAACUCGGUAGCUAUGAGAUCUUCGGGGUUCCCGGCGCCGCGGCUGUGUCCGUGAAGACGAUCGCAGCGAACAGGAAGAAUGCCAAGAAUGGAAAGGCUUUUCGCGUCGGGGUUCUUACCAACGUGAAUUUUGUCUGCAGCUGAAAAAUUCUAAAAUUUUGUUUUUGGGUGUAGCCGCAAAGCAGUCCGGGCUGUCGCAGUCCCGGUGGCCUCGAAGAUUGUAGUGGGAUGGAGCAGGAACACCUCCAGCGGAAGGCACCUCGUCCGCGGUAGCUGGCCAUUGUCCGCUUCUCGCAUUUCUACCUUCCUUCUCGGGGAAGCCCGGAUCUCCACCCCUCGGCCAUUCCAGCUGCUCUGACCUCUCAACACUGAGGAUUCGGGCUGGCCACGGUAAGUCGAAUGCACUGUAAAAAAUCUAAUAAAUACAAUGCAAAUCCAUACACUAGAUGAAGGUCCGUAGCUAGUUUAACAGAAUAGCUAUGCUUUGAGUCCGAAUUUUCUAGAUAGGCGGGGAUAAUCGGCGUUGCGGACGGCCUCGACCACUUGCUGCUCUUCCUGCCCGACCUGCGACGCCCAAUGCGCAUGUUGCACCACCUGGUGCAUCAUUUCAUCGUCCCGUAGAUGCUGGAAAACACCGGUCCGGUGCGUGCUGUUCAAAGAGGCCUCGACGCUCCGGCUUAUGUGAUCAACAUGCGACUCAAAACGCUAUAUAGUUAAACUAGCUACGGACCUUCAUACUUCCAUUCGAAAAAAUGCAUGACAGAAUGAUAAGACUAAUGCAAAUAAUGAACAAAGUGCCUAGCUUUCAAUAUGCGUUUGCGAAAAGAGGGUGAAUUGAUCGUGAUCGGUUGAAAUUAUAUAGAAAAAUCGAAGGAGAAUCCGCAGCCUCCGGAAACUUACCAUCAUGGAGCCCCUAGCCGUCGUCGCCAGCAAGGACCUCUCGCAGUCAAACUCGGCUUCUGUGACGAUGAAGUGCCCUGCUUCAGCAGGGAAAGCCGCAAUACCGCAACGCUUCGAACAGCAGCGUCGCCUCCAGCAGCAGAUAUAAAGGCGGCCGCGCGCCGCCGCAAAAAUGAAUUUUUGAAUUUUUCAGCUGCAGACAAAAUUCCUCUUGGUAGUUCUUCCCGGCGCCGCGGCUGUGUCCGUGAAGACGGUCGCAGCGAACAGGAAGAAUGCCAAGAAUGGAAAGUCUCUGCUAUGGUGGCGUCAGCGACGCUUUUUUCAAAACUUUGGGCGGAUGUCGGGAGGCGCCCUCACUUCCCGAAAUGAUCUCAGACAAUGCGCGCGGGCUAACACGGCGGGCCUGUUCAUGGGCGUCUAGCUUGGCUCCCCCCUCAUUGGGCCUGCGCAAUCAAGUGCACGGCCCGCUUCUGCAGUUUCAUUGCCCGAAUGCGCACGGGCGGAAGGGCGGCGCAUUUGCAAAAAAUACGCAUACAAAAAUUCUCAGCAUACUUGAAAAAAGCGUCGUUGACCGGGCCAUAUCCCGGCGCCGCGGCUGUGUCCGUGAAGACGAUCGCAGCGAACAGGAAGAAUGCCAAGAAUGGAAAGUCUCCGCGCGUCGGCGACCACGGCGCGAGCAGUCAUCGGCAGCACCACCGGGCGGCAUCAAGUGGCGAGCGGCACUACCGCAGCGUCGGUCCCCCGAGUGCAUCUCCCCCGCCACCUCCUGCUAACUACAUAGGUGGCGCCGCACCCGCACGUCCGCAGGAAAAUGCAUUGCUGCAGCAAGAGCAAGAGGACGAGGUCGAGGGCGAUUCCGAAUUGGUGGGCCUAGGUGCUCCUGUGAUUGCCAGGGGAUCCAGGGCGCCGCGGAGAUCCCCUACGUCUAUUUCCACGCUGGCAAGUAGCAGUACCGACACGGAGGAUGCAUCGCAAGACAAUAGUGAAACGCUAGAUAAUCAUGCCGGGCCGCUGGAAGAUGGUGAGAUGGUUGCUUUGGCACGAGUAUCCCAGUCCGCCGCUGCCGCCGCGAGUUCGUCGCAGUACGUUUGCGUGUUCGACACGGGGGCGCAGAACGACACUUGGUGUGAGCAGCAGCCACCAGACGGCGAUAUUCUGUGGACCAACGGAACGAAUUUUGCGUAUCUGGACGUGAACGGCACCGCGCUGCCGCAAAGCUGCAAGUGCAUCCAGCGCGUGGGCUACGACCUCGCCGCAUACUUGUGGACGAAGUACGAAUACCUGAAACCGGAGCAGGAUGACGCGUGGUGCAACGAGCAGCAGAUACAGGGAAGCCCAAACUUUUUGUACCAGCCCGCCACGGAGUCGACUCUGCCGUCGCUGCUGAGCGGAAUCGACGACGAACACGGGGCCGCCUGCCUGCUGCGGCUUCCGAAGGCCCUGCCAACCGCGUCGUACGUCUGUGUCUCCUACGCCGCGGGGCAAGACGACGCCUGGUGCGAGCAGGAAAGCCAAGUGAACGGAACCAACUUUCUCUAUACGCAGGGCGAAAAUCAGCCCUUCUUUCGCCUUCCGAAGGGUCAGCGGUACACGAACUGCCGCUGCCUGCAGCAGCUCCCCUACAACAUUGACGCCUUCACCUGGAAACCGCACGACUACACGCAGGGGGAAGACAGCGAGUGGUGUAAAACGCAGCAGCAAAACGGAAACGGCUACAUUUUCACCGACGGGAAGGGGCACGAGGCGUUUCCCUCCAAGCGGAACGCCGUGAGUCCGGCCAACCCCGUUCUUUGCCUGCGCCGCGAAGAGCACAUGUUUUGGCUCGGGAGCGGCACCGGGCGGUGCCUGGCGAAGGACGGGAUUGCGGAAGACGACGCGAAGGAGGUGCGGACCGACGACAGCACUGCCACCAAGCGCGACUACGCGGUGUUCGGGUUGGACAAACAGUUGCAGCAAUGCCUCAAGGACGCGACCUGUUGUUACGUGAGUUGGUUCGCCACCGACGGGUUGGAAAACGCGAACUUCUACCGCCGCAGCGCGGAGGGCCCGGACUUCCAGGACUGCGAAAUCCAGCCCUUCAGCGGCGGCGGCCUCACGGUCGCGCUCGGAAUGUCCGGCGCAGAAGAGCCCGCCCGCCUCGCGGAAACCUUUGAAAAGUCGACCUGCAGGGUUCCCAUGGGCUCGAUCUCCCCCACUUCCGUUCCGCUUCCGAUCACGGCCCCCAGGGGCGUUUCUUGGCGGUAUUACGCCACGCACUGCUACAUGGAAACGAGUUUCUACCGCAUAAGUGACCCGAUUCAAGAGCGGGCGAGCAAGCUGAUUUUCAACACGGCCGCGGACGCGGACGGAGUCGCUCCGCUGGGGACUUUUUUCGAGAAGUGCGCCACGCUGUGCGAGACCAGCUACGCGAUGGAGUUGACCCACCUGAAGCAGCGAGACUUCCAGUGCCAGUGCUGGCGCGGGGAGGAAGCCUUUCUGAACCGCGAUCGGGAGCUGGUGCUCGACACCGCCACCAAGACGAAUCAGGGAACUGGACUGGAUUCGAAAGUGCACGGCUGCGAUCCGGACCAGAGUCAAGAUGCAGACAUGCCCUGGACGUACUUGCUCAUUAACACGGAGCUGACCGGGAGUUUAUCAAAUGUAAAAGUGUCUGGGUCUGGAAGAAUGCAACUCGUGACGCUGCAUUUGGAUUCCAGAAAAAUCUGUAUUGCAUGAGUACCAACAGGAAUGCAAUUUUUGCUACGCCGAGAGGGCAUUUGUCAUGCGGAAUAGGCACCAAGAAGCUCUCAAAAAAUCUGUGAUGCUAGGGCACGCAUCACAAACAUCAGGCCUCAUGCACAACGUGCAUGACAGGCGUCAGAAUCUUCCAGACCCAGACAUUUUUACAGUUGAUAGAGUUGCCACACGAACCACGACACCCGCUACACGGGCGGUCGCCCGUCCAACGGCACCACGGCGGACGGCGCGGCUCGCGGCAUUCGCACGCUCGUCGGCUGUCAGCAGUGGUGCGCGGAAAAUGCGGACUGUGAAGGAUUCAACUUUAUCAAGUCCGAUCCGAACCGCGACAACUGUUUUCCGCUCGCCGAUCUGCAAGCAGGUACAACGACGCUGGAACACAGAUCGGAGGGAUUGUCGGACACAAUGGAGGUGCUGGGCAAGUGUCGCGAGGAGGCAAAUGGAGGCAGGGAAGCCUCGCGGAGGAUCGACCAGAAGAUCAUGGUUGAUACAGACGAAGUGGGUCUGAUGGAGAAGGAACCCCGGAGAAGACGAGAUGGAGCACCACCGGAAGGAGCGGCCAUUCGUUCGAAUAAGGUCAUGAUGAAAGACGAAGAAGACACCACAGCUCGAAGAAGUGAGGAGCAUAGUGAUGAUGAAGCACCACCACCAGGUUCCUUUUCGUCGUUGCUCGCAACCGGGCGGAUCUUCGAGGUUUACAGUGCUCGUCUUUCAGGUGAGUCUGCACUUGUUCCUCAUGAUGAAGCAGCUCCACGCACAACUGCGACCAAGGAACAUACCAUCGCUGACGCAGCGAUGACGCCGCUCCCAUCCAGCGCGCAGUCACAAAGCGAGGAAAUCGAGGAAGAUGUAGUUGACGAUAAGAACACCGAAGUUGUUGAACAAGAGAGUGACGCAGCUGAACAACCCGACUCGAAACUACUGUAUCGCGGGGCAGGGAAAGGAGCCGUUGUGCGUAAAAAGGUCGCUGAGGACCAGCGCAUCAAGGUAGGGCGCGGUGUCGUAGAAAUGCUACCGCCGUUCGGCGUUUUGGUUAGCAGCGAGCAAGAUCCGCCAAACAGUCGGGAGGCGCUAACGGACCAAGACGUCGUCGGGACCCUGUUUCAAACCCGGAACGACACCGAUCGCUGUAUCCAGUGUAAAAAUGUCUGGGUCUGGAGGAGUCAUGCUGUUUCUGCAUGACACAGAAGGUCUGGCAUGGAAGCUCUAGCAUCACAGGUUUCGAGAAGCUGCCGCAAUGCCGAAUCCGCAUGACAAAUCCCUGACUUUGGUGACAGAAAGUGGGAACUUUUGCUGCCUAUGCAUGAGAGAAUUUUCUGUGUUCUGAAAUGCGCAUCACAAGUUUGGACUCUUCCAGACCCAGACAUUUUUACAUUUGAUACGCUGUCCCUUUGUGCAACUUGAUUUGGGGGCCGCUCUCGCCGACGUGGCGGCCGUGCGUCUGGGCAUUCCGCUCGCACUCGCCUACCUGCGCAGGCUAUACUUCGUGACGAACGCCGACUUCACGAUGGAAAGCAAGGCCGACGGCUCCCCGGAGGUGACCAUGCCGGCGCGGAACGCGGGCCUGCAGGUGUUUGUCACGAAUACCUCGCGCGCGACGACCCCCCUCUGUGCGACCAAACAACUCAAAGCGCACGUUGCAGGACUCAACAUCACCGAGGGGACCUGCGAGCCGGUGGAUGGACAGCCGCUUGUGGGCUGCCCGGUGGUUCCCGCCAAGGAUCUGUGUAGCACGGUUGCCUAUGACCACGCUCAUUUUGACUCGGGCAUGGAGCCCAUCGGCGUGGCGCCGGAAACAAAUGGCGCUCUGCGCCACGACACACGCAUUGGCCGUAUGCAGAUCGACUGUUCGAAGACCGAGCCCGGGAGGUACGUUGUGCUGCACCUUCCAGGGUCCGCAAGUGGCACGGAACUCCGUAGUCUGGGCCUCACGGAGCUCACCGCCUACGGGACUUUCAUUAUCACGACGACGACCUCGACGACCACCACGACGACAACCACGACAACAACGAUAACCACCACUACACACGCGGGCGCGGGCGGUUUUAUUGCGCGAAAAAGGCAUGAUCAUUCGGAAUGAUGCUGGGCAUUGAACCGCGGACCAAGAAAAGAGGUUGAAGGCACACUCCUUGUCACGCGAUAAAUUAUCUACCGUUCGAAGACAAAGAGCAGCAACGUGAGACACGGUUGAGCAUGAUGAAAAAGUUCCAGCGUGAUAACAAACAAAUCUGAUAAAUGCGGCAUUAGCUGUGCCAGUGCCACAAAAAGUAAGAAUAAGGACUUGAGAAGUUGCAAAGUAUGCUUUCGUUUUUAGACAUUCAGAUACUUAUUAGAGCGCAAGCUCGUCGCUCGUCUAACUGAGUCGUUCCCGCGGCCUUUCGCUCUAAAGAGUGAGGCAGGGAGUUUUUGGGUUUUUUUCACAUAUGCAGAAGGCUUCCACGUUUCGCAAUUUUUUUUCAGACGAGUCAAGCUCGAGAUUAGGGACGCUGGGUGUUGCGUCGGGUAGCUAUGUUCCAUAAAAUGAAAACGCCGCCUACACUUAUUCAAUGUCGAAUUCAUUUGGGACAGUAAAAGAAGAACCCAAUGUAAAUGGAAUGUCGAAUUUAAAUCAUGCUCACGUAUGAAACAGAAACGGAAUGAGUCUGUUUUUCUCAUUUAUCUCGAUUCUCCAACAACAGUGCUAUAGCCCAAAGAGAAUCCUAAGGCUUCGGAUG